GAGUAGAGCAUAUUCCAAGCGUGCUACUGCCGUGCUGUACUAUACUGAUUGAAGUUCAGACCACGUGAACCCUUAGUCCACACCACACCUUUUUGGCGAGUAUCAGACUGUGUGAGAGUGAUCACCGCAACAGAGACAGGCGAGAGCUACAUGCAAAAGUUGCUGUCGUGAGCCGUGCAGAAGGUCAAAUCCCAAAUUUGAUUUGGCAGGGUAUCAAAAGUGACUCCAAGAACAGGAGGCGAUAAAGAGUCUGCAGCCCGGGCAGCUAGACUCGGGCUAAGAUUCGUAAAGCCCAAAAUUUGAAAUGGCAUCAACCCGAUGAAACAAACCAUAAACCACCCAGACCGGACUGAAAACACAACAUAACGGCCUACGGGGCCAAACCCGUCCGACCAGCCAUGUCCUCCAUCAAAAACGCGGCCGCGUCGUCACUGGCCAAGGCGACCUCGGCGGCCGCCAACGCCGUGACCCCGGCCCCGGCGUUUGUGCCCCGCGCCCGCUUCGAAGUCUCUUCGGACAUCACCCGCUCCUACUUCUUGGGCCAUCACCAGGCCGCCGUGGCCCGCAUGUCAAAGGUGCUCUCCAACAUCGGCCUGAUCAUUGAGUGCCGCGACUUCCGCGUGCCCAUCUCGUCCUGGAACCCCAUUCUCGAGCACAAGCUCCAGUCGCUGGGUGGCCACCAGGCCAUCCCCCGCAUCGUUGUCUACACGAAGCGGGACCUGGGUCCCGGCAGGCCUCGGGACCUCCCCAUCGUCGAUGCCCUGCGCAGGUUUCACGGCGCCGAAAGCUCUUCCGUCGACACGCCGGGUGGCUUCGUUGCCAGGGAACCAGCAGUAGACGGGGGCAGGGAAAGAAGCCGGCGAGGCAAGGCUGACGGGGGCGAAAUACCAUCUGCGCUCUUCCUCGGCAAGGGCGAGAGCAACGCAUCCGGCGACCGGGCGCUCAUGUCUGCGAUCCGCGCGCUGGCCAAGUCGGACGCCUCGCACUCUUCGCACCUGCUUGGCCUGCGCGCCAUCGUCAUAGGCAUGCCCAACGCGGGCAAGUCAUCACUACUCAAUCGGCUGCGUCACCGGGGCGUCAAGGCCAACACCAAGGCGGCAUCGACGGGCGCACAGCCGGGCAUAACGCGGAAGCUUGGCACGCCGGUGCGGAUCCUCUCCAACGAAGCGGACGAGGACCUCCCGGACCGGGGCGUGUUCGUCAUGGACACGCCAGGUGUCUUCGUGCCCUACGUCGGGGACCCGGAGAGCAUGCUCAAGCUGGCACUGGUCAACUGCGUGCGCGACGGGCUCGUCAACCCCGUGACCCUGGCCGACUACCUGUUGUACCACCUCAACCUGCGCGGCCAGACCAAGGCCUACGAGUGGCUGUGCGCCACGCCGACCAACGACGUCAACGUCUUUCUCGAGUCUGCCGCCCGCAGGACUGGCAAACUGCUGCCCGGCGGAGUGCCCGCCAUCGACGCCAUCGCCGAGUACGUCAUUUCCCUGUACCGGAGGGGCGAGCUGGGAAAGCUCGUGCUGGACGACGUCAACGACGAGACCCUCAGGCGGGCCAGGAUUGCGAGUCUCAACCCCCCUACCAGCUUAAAUCAGGCUAGGAAGGCUGAGAAGGAGAGGAGGAGUAUCGCAAGUAAGGAGCGGUACAGGGCUGGACUGAAGGGUAGUUAAAGAUCUUUGGAGAUCAUGUCCUUCUUGUACGUUUCUUUCCCCAGAGACCACAGAUAUCGUGAAAUUGGGGCUGUCUGUUACCACAUCUGUAACAAUAUGUAACAUCAACUGGGUACUUACUGUCUAUACAUGUAACAUAUAUGAAUGAUAACAUCAAAAUCCAGUGCCAGCAUGCUUAGUGUUGAGAUUUUACCCAAUUGUCCAG